AUGCUGGACAAGACGUACGACCAGGUGUGUGAGGACGCUGGUGCCGCUGCUGAGGCGCGAUUGGUGCAGCAUUUCAAGCAGCAUGGGGGAGACGUCUGGACUAUUGGCACUGGAUGCCAUAGAUGCCGUCAGAAACGUGAGGACGUUGGUAGGCUGAAGCGCUGUGUAAAAUGUGGUGCGGCUUUGUUUUGUGAUCGCGAGUGUCAAGUUAGUGCUUGGCCUGCGCACAAGGCCGAGUGCUGCAUCAUUGCGACCUUCAAGCGACUGAUCAAGAGUGACAACUCCGAAUCAAAGCUUGCUUCGCUGCUCGAGACGCUGACGUUCUCGACUUGCUUGAAGAAGGUGGAGGAGCCUAGGACAGCAGGCGUUGCAAGUUCGAUCGGAAUGAACGGACCAAUGCUUCCUGGCUGGUUCUUUGCGGUAGAUUUUGAACAGGCGUCGAAAGAGCGGCAAAGGGCCUUGUACCAAGCGACACUCGAGCUAUAUGGACUACUUAAGGACGACGAAUGCUGGACUCGUGACAAGGAGAGCUUCCCACGUUCCAGCUACACGCUGAUUGAGUCACUACCACAUGCUUCCCCUGCAGCAGGAAUACUGCAGGAAAAGUUUGUCGAGAUGAACGGACAUCUCUUACUGUUUUCGGCAUGGUUGCAACAUCCGGAGCCGCCUGCUACGCAAGCCCUACCUCUUGAAGACCGGGGCUUCUUUGGGGUUGUAGAUUCGCUUCUGCAGAUCAGUACUCUUCGCGAUGGUGUAGAUAACUUCAUGCAAGCGUAA